AUGUCAUCUCCUUCCUCAUCUUCCUCAUCCAAUCAUGUUUCGGAAUUUGUGGUUCCUCCACAUCUAGUUUCAAAAUAUUACAGCACUAAUCCAAAAGUGAAUACCAUUACGGGACUCUAUGUUUUUCCAAAUUAUUUAUCUCAAGAGGAAGCUUCAAAUAUAAUGAAUAAUAUUUUAGAUGCCAAUGAAUGGUGUAGUGGCGAAAUUUGUAGAAGACAACAACAUUACGGAUAUUUAUAUUAUCACACUAGACAUCAUUUACCAAAUUUACAACCAAAAAAACAAGAAGUUUCUUCGUUAAAAAGUAUGGAUUUUGACUCAUUUUGGAGUGAAUUAUUUUGGGAGAAGAUGAUCAAAAGAGAUGGAUUAUUUAAUUGUGACACAUCAUAUCACGUUUGGAAAGAAAAUGUGGAAUCAAAUCAUGGAAAUGAACAUGACGAGAAUGCCAAAAGAGCUGAACCUCAAUGUUUAGUCAAUGAAUAUAUGGGAAAUCAAGGCAUUGCAUCUCAUGUAGACAAUGUGAAUGCAUUUGGAGACGUGAUUGUUGGCAUUUCACUGCUCAAUCCCGUGUACAUGACAUUUAGAAAAGACAAAUUGGAAACAAAAAUUUUACUUCCUCCCAAUAGUUGUUACGUUCUUACAGGAGAAUCCAGAUUCGAAUGGAGACAUGGAAUUACUCACAUGAAACAAAUUUAUGUACCUAGAGAAUAUCUAGUUUCAGAAGAAGAAGCUAUUACAAAUUCAUCAGAUGUUGAAGAUGAAGCAGAAGGUAAAAUGUUCAUUCGAGAGGACAAUUAUCGUAGAAUCAGUUUGACAUUUAGAUUUAUUAAGAUUGAUGGUACAAAGAAAGUGGUGGGAACAGAGCCAAAAGAAGAAGGGGCUUGGUAA